AAGGACGUGAACAGCCUUCAAUACAAAUUAAGGGGAGUGCUCUUAUCUGAAACGCAUGUCAGCAUUCCCAUAAAGUGAAAGUGAAAGCUAGACGCCUACAGCGGUGAAUGCCACACAGAAUGUCCACCUAAAUCGAUGUUGUACCAGUAAAGUGAAGUCACAUCUGUGGUCAGUUUACAAUCACAAUCAGAGCUGCACCUGUGAAGUAAAACCAUGUCCGCGGUGACUUUCUACGGUUGGGAGGUGGAGUACGAUGGUGAUCACCACCUCAGUGCCGAGCAGGAGGCCAAGUCUGGCCGGCUGUACACCAUGUACCACGGCACCACCAUCCCAAUCGCCCAGCAAAUCAUCCAGAACGGCUUUGUUCAGUCCCGGGACGGCAUGCUGGGUCCUGGGGUGUACGUGAGUCGCAAUCAGAAGAAAGCCGAGCGCUACCCCAUCGGUUCGGCCGUCAACGUCAGGGUGGUGCUGAAGCUGAACGUGGACUGCGGGAGGGUGAAACGCAUCGACACAGACAAUCACCCCAUGCAAAAGACCUGGCACCAGCAGGGGUACGACACGGCGUGGGUGCCCCCCAACUGUGGGAUGAAAUCUGUGCCAAGCGGACUGGAGGAGGACUGCGUCUGGGACCCAAAGAGGUGUGAGGUGACAGAUAUCGCGCUGGCCCCCAGCACUGCCAUCUUAGCUCAGCUAAAGCAACUCCUCUCGCAGAAAAAGAGCCAGCCCUCCUCCUCCGGUCAAGGAGGCUGUCAGACGUGCAAGAUGCCAAAUGAUCCAGGCCACGCCGUGCAGCCAUGCUGGGGAUGUGGACAGAGCAUCUGCACCUUCAUGCCCAGGCAUGUCUGCACUGCCAGGCCAUGAUGCUAGAAACCUUUGGUGCCUAUCUAUCUUACCAUAAGUACCUCCUAACUCUGUCUGUCUAACUAUGUCUGCCUGUAUCGAUCCGGAUGUGACUGUAUAUGUAUAUAUAUAUAUAUAUAUAUAUAUAUAUAACGCUUUUGUCAACAUACCCCAUGCAUAGAGCUUGUGUACCCCUAGUGGAACUCAGACUGUAUCCCAAUGUGACAGUGUUCCUCCAUAAUUUUGUUAUUCAUGCAUACCCCAUGCAGUGUGCUUGUGUACCCGUGGCUGGGAAGUGGGAAGGGCUGCUGUAAUGUAAUGCAAUAAUGUAGCUGGAUGUUGUCAAAAUGGGUACAACUGCUAAUCAUGUACAGUAGGAGGCACUGCAGUUCCUUUUUGCUUUGCUUUUCCUUACGACUGAGAUAUUAUGGAACAAUCAAGGUAUCCUGUUAAUGAGCCAAACUACUCUAGGGAAAAAAAUACUGUCUAUUAUUUCUCCUGCCACAUUCCUAAAUGUAUCUAAUGCAAAAUUGUUGUUGUUUCUUUACUUUGAAUCAAAGACUGUGUUGUUGAAAACAGUGAUUGGUCACACCAAACGUUCUGCCUUUUUUAAACUCUAUGACUGCCUUUGCUAGAUGCUUGGCCGUUGGAAUGUACACAUCCAAAAAAAAUGAUCCAGGUGCCAGACAAAAGGACCACUCUAUCACACUGCCUUUGUAAGAUGCAAAAUAAAAUGCAACUUUUGCCAUUAGACCAUU